CCUCUCCCUUCGCGAGCUACUGGUCCAUAGGAAAGCUUGGCUGUCCUGCAUCAAAAGCAACUCUGUUUCUGUCACAAGCUCACAGCAUCCUUUCCCCAAGACUAACGUACUGCGUAUAAUUAUAGUAGUCACGCCAAACACCCCCCUGUCAAGAUGGACUACUCGUUGCAGAACCACCGCUCAUUCAUCGGCUCCAAGGCGUCCGACCUGCCCUCGCCUGCAUUGAUCCUGAGCUUGCCGGUCAUCAAGAAGAACAUUGAGAGGUUGCAUCAAGAUGUGGAAAAGGCUGGAGUUACGCUCAGGCCGCAUGUGAAGACACUCAAGAGCUUGGAAGUGACGCGUCUGAUGCUCGGAAAUGGGAAAUUCAAAAAGACGGUCGCUUCCACAUUAUCGGAGAUCCGUGGGCUAUUGCCCCUCGCCAAAGAGGGCAUCUUAGAUGAGGUUCUAUAUGGACUUCCUCCCGCCUCAGGAGCCAUCCCCUUCUUGAGCGAGCUCAGGAGCUCGGUCAGGAUCCUCCUGAUGAUCGACCACGAGAAGCAGAUCUCCCUGCUCGAGGACUUUGCCAAGAAGAACCCAGAGGCCCCGACGGCGCCCUGGGACAUCUACAUCAAGCUCGACGUGGGCACCAAGCGCGCCGGCCUGCCCCUCGGCAGCGAGCGCCUCCAGAAGCUCAUCCGGCGCGCCGACGAGUCGCCGGCCGUCUCGUUGUACGGCUUCUACUGCCACGCCGGCCACUCGUACGGCUGCCGCACGCAGGAGGAGGCCGAGAGCGUCCUCGCCGACGAGAUCAACGGCGUGUUGAGCGCCGCGAAGCUCAUCGUCGGCGGGGACAGGAAACUCACGCUGUCCGUCGGCGCCACGCCCACGGCGCACGUCGUCGGUAGCCUGAAGACGGCAAUCCCGGCCAACGUGACGCUGGAGCUCCACGCGGGCAACUUCCCUACAAACGACCUUCAACAGGUCGCGACGGGCCUCGUCGCGGCCGAGGACCAGGCCAUCCGCGUGCUCGCCGAGGUGUGCAGCGUGUACCCGGAGCGCAACGAGGCGCUGAUCAACGCCGGGACCAUCGCCCUCUCCAAGGAGACGGGACCCUCCCCCGGCUUCGGCAGCGUGGUCGGCAAGCCCGGCUGGGCCGUGGUGCGCAUGUCGCAGGAGCACGGCAUCGUCGGGGAGGCCGAGGUCACCACCGCCGGAGCCGGCUCCAAGAACGCCGGGCCGGAGAGGAGGGACGUCGAGGCCAACUUCGAGGUCGGCGACCGCGUCUUCCUCAACGUGCAGCACGCGUGCAUCACGGCGGCGGCGUUCUACGUGUACUACGUCGUGGACGAGGACGAUAUUGUGCGCGACACCUGGGUGCCGUGGAAGGGCUGGUGAUUGGAUCGUACGAUGCAUCGUCGCUCUUGAUAGUGUAUACAUGAAAAAAUAAAAAAUAAAAAUAAAUGAACCAAAUCCCGAUUCAGAUUUUCCGCUUCGCUUCGCUGUGUCGCCCGCCUCAUUGUAAAACAUGAUCAUCCCGUUGAAAAUAGAGAAUACUGCCGUCUCGAUAAAGGUCCAACGCCGAUGAAGCCCCAUCCCACCCCAUCCCACUCCUC